AUGGCACUGCGCCCGGGUAUUGUGAGACAAUCUCAACAAGAGCUGGACGAUACUGACCGUGCCAGAGCUCACCAAGAUGACUGUUGCGACGCUCAAGAACCUGUGCAAGGCGUUCAACGUCAAGCUGACGGGUCGCACGAAAAAGGCAGACAUUGUAGGCGCGUUUGUCGAGUUUCAAGUCAAGAUGCGUGCCGAAGAGCAGGCCAAAAAGGAGAUGGACGGGUACCACCGUGGCACGGUGCAGUAUUCGUUGCCGCCAUACACGAUCAUCAAGAUAUUGACAUACUGCUGGCGAUUGCAGGUGCCGAGCGAGCCUGCCGAAGAACGCUUUGCGUUCCGUCGCCAGUUGUCGCUGAUGCUCAUCUCGAAAGAGUUUUACAAGUACGUGUCGACUCUGUUUACACAGCUCGAUCUCUGCUACGCACACGUGUACAAUGCCUACACGAUGAUCAUUAG